CAGGCUUACUCCCCCCCUGUUCGAAACGUCAUUAUUUUUUUUGUUUUCGUAUCACCCCGAACAAAAUAACAUUUUUUCUUGUUUCUCAGUCAGCCUGGUUCUGCUCGUCCAUUAUCUUGAAAUUCGCACAAUCAAAAGUAAGGUAGUGACUUAUCAGCGACAAUGGCGGAAGGAAACAGCUCGGACGAGGAGUUCCCCGAUGAUUGGAUUCUGUAUGCAAAGCGCCCCGAAUGGAGCGACGUUGAACCGCUGAAGCAGGAUGAUGGUGACAAUCCGGUCGUGAUGAUUCAGUACAGCGAGAAAUUCAACGACGUAUUCAGCUACUUGCGGGCUGUCAUUUCCAAGCAGGAAAAAUCGGUCAGGGCACUCGGACUUACGCAAGAUGCAGCCAGACUGAAUGCGGCCAACUACACGGUGUGGCAGUACAGAAGGGACAUCCUGAAAGCGCUGAACUUCAACUUAUAUGACGAACUGGACUACAUCGAGGGGGUGAUCGAAGACAAUCCGAAAAACUACCAGGUUUGGCAUCAUCGGCGCGUGAUUGUCGAAUGGCUGAAUGAUCCGUCGAAGGAGUUGGAGCUGACGGAGAACAUUCUGAACAUGGAUGCGAAGAAUUAUCACGCCUGGCAGCAUCGCCAGUGGGCUAUCAAGACUUAUGACCUCUUCGAAGAUGAGUUGCAGUACGUGGACCGUCUGAUCUCGGAAGAUAUGCGUAAUAAUUCGGCAUGGAACGAGCGGUUUUUCGUGCUCAAACAUACGGGUUUCAGCGCAGAAGUCCUGGAGCGGGAGAUUAACUACGUCAUGAAUCGCAUACGCCUCAUCAAGAAUAAUGAGAGUCCGUGGAAUUUUCUACGUGGCCUGCUGCAGCAAGGCGACGGUAAACUGGGCCAAUUUCCGGAGAUUGUUGAUUUCUGUGAGGAUUUGUACAGCUCCGGCAUUCGUUCGCCAUAUUUGUUGGCCUUCCUGGUUGAUCUGUACGAGGAGAAGUAUUUCGAGGCAAAGGAAGCCGGUAACAAUUCGAACGAGUACAAAACGCAAGUGCAGGAUCUUUGCGAAUCGAUGGCAACCCAGCACGACAAGAUUCGGUGCAAGUAUUGGCGGUAUAUCGCUGAAAACUUCAAGAGGAAGAUCGAUGGCGAGGAGACUAGCAAUGGAUUGUAAGAUACUGUAAUGCCUGGGAAAAAUGCAUUAGGUCGAAAAGUCCAGAUGUUUGAAUAUUAUUUUUUAUCGGGCAUAUAAAAACAUAAAAUUUGAAAUUCACGAA